AUGACGACCAAGAGGAAGAUCAUCGGCCGGCUGGUGCCCUGCCGCUGCUUCCGCGGCGAGGAGGAGGUCAUCUCCGUGCUGGACUACUCGCACUGCAGCCUGCAGCAGGUGCCCAAGGAGAUCUUCAGCUUCGAGCGCACGCUGGAGGAGCUCUACCUGGACGCCAACCAGAUCGAGGAGCUGCCCAAGCAACUCUUCAACUGUCAAGCCCUCCGGAAACUCAGCAUGCCUGACAACGACCUCUCCAACCUGCCAACCGCCAUCGCCAGCCUCGUCAACCUCAAGGAGUUAGAUAUCAGUAAAAAUGGUAUUCAGGAGUUCCCAGAUAACAUCAAAUGUUGUAAAUGCCUGUCCGUGGUGGAGGCCAGUGUCAAUCCCAUAACCAAGCUCCCCGAUGGCUUCACCCAGCUCCUCAACCUGACACAGCUGUUCCUAAACGACGCCUUCCUGGAGUACCUGCCUGCCAACUUUGGGAGACUGUCCAAGUUACGGAUCCUGGAGCUCCGGGAGAACCAUCUGAAAACUAUGCCAAAGUCAAUACACAGAUUGUCUCAGCUGGAGCGCUUAGACUUGGGGAGCAACGAGUUCACUGACGUGCCAGAGGUUUUGGAGCAGAUACACAAUCUGAAAGAACUGUGGCUGGAUAACAACUCAAUACAGAGAAUACCAGGGUCUAUAGGGAAGCUGCGGCAGCUCAGGUACUUGGACUUGGCCAAGAAUAGGAUCGAGGCUCUGGAUGCGGACAUCUCGGGCUGCGAGUCCUUAGAAGACCUCCUGCUGUCCUCCAACAUGCUGCAGCAGCUGCCCGACUCCAUAGGAAUGUUGAAAAAGCUGACAACGCUAAAAGUAGAUGACAACCAGCUUACCUCACUGCCUAACAACAUUGGAAGUUUGGCGCUCUUAGAGGAGUUUGACUGCAGCUGUAAUGAACUGGAGUCGUUGCCGCCGACCAUCGGCUACCUCAUCAGCCUGCGCACAUUUGCGGCCGACGAGAACUUCCUGUCAGAACUGCCCAGGGAGAUUGGCAACUGCAGGAAUGUGACAGUCAUGUCCUUGCGCUCCAAUAAGUUGGAGUUUCUGCCUGACGAGAUCGGCCAGAUGACGAAGCUCCGCGUUCUCAACCUGAGCGACAAUAGGUUGAAAAAUCUACCGUUCACUUUCACCAAACUUAAAGAUCUCGCUGCACUCUGGCUCUCAGACAAUCAGUCGAAGGCCCUGAUACCUCUGCAGACAGAGGCCCACCCCGAGACGAAGCAGAGGGUCCUCACCAACUACAUGUUCCCCCAGCAACCGCGGCAUGAAGAGGACUACCAGUCGGACAGCGACAGCUUCAACCCCACGUUGUGGGAGGAGCAGCGGCAGCAGCGCAUGACUGUGGCCUUUGAGUUCGAGGAGAAGAAGGAAGAGGAGGACAAUUCAGGAAAAGUGGAGAUUAACCUGAAGCGCUACCCCACCCCCUACCCCGAGGACCUGAAGAACAUGGUGAAGUCUGUGCAGAGCCUGGUGGGCAAGACGCCCCACCCGCUGGCCACGGACAAGUGCUCGUCUGGCACCAACAUGGAGCACCACAACGCCGACAAAUACGACCCGCCGUGGCCCAUGCCACCCAAAGAGCUGAUGGUGAAUGAUGCCUUCCUGUGCUCCCCCAAUGACAUCCGGAUCUCCGACAUGAGGCCCACUCUGGUGGAGCCUCCCAUGUACAAACCAAAGGUUGUGUUACUGGGCAAAGAGAAGAAAGAGUCUACUGACGAGUCGGACCCUGAUAAGAUGCAUUGCCUCAACAACAGCGGAUCCUCGGCCACCUACUCCGACUACUCCCCCUCACAGGGCUCCUCCGGCUCCUCCAACCCACCGGGAAAUGUCGCCGCCCUACAGGCGGCAGGGAAGGAGGGGGUUCUGCAGACCCACUGGACCAACAGGCUGGCUCAGUCGUUCCCUAAGCCCAUUGAGACGAAGCCACUGCUGAGUCAGCGGGACACGCCCCCCUCCAGCACCCUGCAGCAGCGCGGUGGCGAGCGCCGGCCGCUCAGCGACAACUUCGACAGCUGGAACGACACGCCGCACUACGACAACACGGGCUUCGUCUCCGAGGAGGCGCCCAUGGAGACCAGCGCAGGGAACCCCAUGCUGGGGUCGAAGCCGCACAGCGCCUCGGCGCACGGCCGGCGACCCCUCAUGAGGCAGGAGCGCAUCGUUGGUGUGCCCCUGGAGCUGGAGCAGCCCGGCCACCCCUUCCACGGAGUCCGCACCACCCCCGACGCCGAAGUGCCUCCCCCGGCGCCCCCCAACCCCUGGCAGAACUGGACCCGGACCCCCAGCCCCUUCGAGGACCGCACCGCGUUCCCCUCCAAGCUGGAGCUCACCCCGGCCAACAGCCCCAACCCGGACCGCAAGGACUUUGAGCAGGAGAUGGGCGAGCUGCCCGGCACCUUCCCGCUGACCGGAGGCUGGGGCUUCCUGGACCAGCGGGACCCCAGCGGCGCCGGCAGGGGUCACCCCACCGUCUACGCGCACGGCCAGGGCCAGGCGCGCAAGGAGCCCACCAAGAACACGCUGGUCAUCAGCAAGAGCUCGGAGAGACUCUCGCCCAUGAUGAAGGAGGUCAAGGCCAAGUUCAAGAAGUCCCAGAGCAUCGACGAGAUCGACAUGGGCUCCUACAAGGUCUACAGCAUCCCGCUGGACAGCUACAGCUCCAGCAUCGAGAACCAGGGGAGCGUGGACAGGCCGGACCUCCCGCCCGCCAUGGAGCAGAGCAUGUCGCGGAGCCAGUCGGUGCCCCUGCUGGACGACGACCUGGACGGCUACAGCUCCAGCAGCAAGCAGCAGCAGCAGAAACCCGCCAUCCCCAAGAAGGUCUACCACUUCGACCAGAGCUUCAACCCGCAGGGGCAUCUGGACAUGGGCAAGCCCGAGCGGCGGGCGCCUCCGCCGUUCCCCAACACGCCCGAGUACAUCAACCAGCCGGGGAAGACGCUGCCCAAGGAGCUGGUCAGUCCGCGGGGCUACCGGGGUUACCAGACCGCCGCCGACCAGAUGUUCUCCUACCCGGGCCAGUCGCCGGUGAACGAGGACAACGCGUCGCAGUUGCAGUUCCCGCCGCCGCCGCCUCAGCCUCAGCCUCAGCCGCAGCCGCGCUCGCGCCCGGGGUUCCUGCGGCGGGCCGACUCCCUGGUCAGCUCCACGGAGAUGGCGCUGUUCCGGCGUGUCGCCGAGGCCCAGGAGAUGCAGCUGCAGGCCGAGCAGCAGCACUACGGCGGAGGAGGAGGAGGAGGAGGAGGAGGAGGAGGAGGCCGCUCCCAGUUCAAGCCCAUGCUGGAGCACCAGAACAGCAUGUCCACCAUGGGCGACACGCAGUUCCACAAGCGCAACGGUAGGUACGAAGAGGACUACUCCUCUUACCAGGAGCCCAAGAAGCCCAUCAUGGGCUACCCCACCAAGAGCCUGACUCAGCGGCGCCCCCUCUCUGCGCGGAGCUACAGCACGGAGACCUACGGAGCGUCGCAGGCGCGGCCGGUCUCCGCUCGGCCCACCAUGGCCGCCCUGCUGGAGAAGAUGCCCUCGGACUACAACCUCAGCACCUGCAACGAGAAGGUCAUCAUGGACACGGCCGACAUGAAACUGCGGGCCAUGGCGCCCAAACCGGAGGACAUCGCCUCCAAGAUGCCCGUGGACUGGAGGCAGCAGCUCCUCAGACACAUAGAGGCCAAACGAUUAGAUCGGACCCCCUCUCAGCAGAGCAAUAUUUUAGACAACGGGCAGGAGGUGCUCUCCCCCAGCAGCCAGUGGGCACCCUACUCACUGGGCAGGAGAGAUGUGCCCCCAGAGAGCCUCAUGAAGAAGGUAAGGCUCCAAUGGACCCACCAGCACACUCUUUUGGGGAACACUCAGCAGCAGCAACACCAUCAGCAGCAGCAGCAGUACGAGGGCGCCAUCAACAAGAUCUCCAUCCAGCAGUACCAGUCUCCGUUGCCCCCCAUGCCCAUCACCACCACCAGCCCCCGGCCGCAGAGUGCCCGCUGCCUCGUCCAGACCAAGGGCCAGAAGAGCAUGGACGGCUUCCAGGAGCAGUUCUGUGUGCGGAUCGAGAAGAAUCCAGGCUUAGGCUUCAGCAUCUCAGGGGGAAUCAGUGGCCAGGGGAACCCGUUCAAGCCCUCCGACAUGGGUAUCUUUGUUACUAGGGUACAGCCUGACGGACCUGCCGCCGGCGCCCUGCAGCCAGGGGACAAGAUCCUGAAGGCCAAUGGACAUAGUUUUUUACACAUCGAACAUGAAACUGCUGUGUCUCUACUGAAGAAUUUCCAGAAAACUGUGGACUUGGUAAUCUUGAGGGAGAGCACAAUAUGAAUUCCUUUCUUUCUUUUUUUUACGACACCGUGACUUCUGACAAAGAACACAAGAAAAGUUGAACAUAUGUAUAAAAACAUGUAAACAUAUAUCAUCCCAGAUGGCUGCAAGCUCUGGAACUGAACUGGUCUCGUACCGAUCCAGACCAAAUCGGUUUCACAGCGAGCCGCCAUCUGAGAGACAUGCAUUCACGCACACAUGUCCAUACAAACUCAAAUGUUUUUACAUAGGAACAGAGACAUUUGCCAAUUGCUGGACCAAUGGCAAAUAUUAGUGCCAAAUGUAAAAUAGAAUACAUAUCUUAUAUGGUUAAAUACGGACUCAUACAGUACAUAAAACAUGCUCAAGUCAAAUCUCCUGUCGAUGUGACUACAGCAGUCCUCUCCAUCUGUCAGCCUAAGGCUGCAGGUGGGUGCGCUUUGUUCUCUGCUCAUUUCUAUGCCUUUAUUCAUUUGUACCUACUUUUUCCCAAGUAGCUACUCAUUUUAAUCUCAGAGCAUGGAAGCACAUUGGCGCUUAGAGGUACAUUCACCAUCAACACUGCCUCAACUUUGUAUAUGCCUUGUGUAAAUACUAACAUUUACUUACAAAGAUGUGAAACGAUAGGAGAAAUGAGUAUGAGAGAAACGAAAAUACAAUUUUCCUAUUUUAAGCUUGUGUUCUAUUAUUACAGAAAAAAAACAAACUAUUUGUCCUGUAUUAUAAUUACAGGAUCAUUUUUUUAAUCAAAGUUAUUGAAAAUAAUACUGAUCAAGAGCAUAUAUUACAAAUUUCCUUCCAUCUACUUAAACCUUACUGUAAGACGUUUAUGCCACUUUCCCACACUGCAGCGCGUGUCCUAGAAUCUUUAGUAAAUGUUGAAUAAUGUAUGGGUUUGCACAAAUUAACAGGAAAAAAAGAGAAAUCCCAAAGCAAUAGAGCUACAUUAAUUUAUCUGCAAUGACACAUUUAAUUGAGUGGGCCACAGUGCCCCCACCUGGUCCAUUUGGGUAAAGAAAAGGCCUACAAAGAUGGUUUACACCAAGUUCUGCUCAGCCAGAUGCCAUGCUCAUUUUUCUUGAGGUUUUUGCGAAAUGUUGCUACCUCUAUGUGUUGGUAACAAACCCUAGAGGAUAAAUGUGAAAACAGUGCCAAAACAACUUGCCAAAAGUUCUGAACAUUACUCUCCUGAAAUCUUAGAGGAGAGGAAAGAAUUCACUAAACUGCACACAAACAGAAAUAUUAACACACAGGAGCAGAAUUACUGCACGGAUUCUAACGAGUGGCAUCACAGAGCAGACACACUAAAUGUAAUCACUGUGAUGCAAUGAGAACUAUCAAAUCUAACUGAGAGAGUUGUAUUUGCCCAUAACACUAGGCAACCCCUGUCAUUUCAUAUUCGGGGAGAUCCAUUUUAAGCUUUAAUGUUACAGCAUGCCUACACUUUAUGGAAACUGUUUUAUUGUAGUUGUUUUUAAGAAAUGUCUCGCAGCAUGUAUAUUGCUGGUUUGGGGAUUGCUUCAGCUUCACAGGACCUUAUAUUGAAACUUGAUCAAUAAUGUUCAAGUGUUUUCAUGGGAAAACGGAUCAUUAUUGUGGAAAACUGGUGCCACAGUAUCCCCUGUUGUGAAUAGAAUCCUAACAAGCCCCCAUUUAAAAAGGUUUAUUUUGAAUAAUGUAGCAGUAGAUGUGAGUUUUUGAACAAAUCUGAGCACCUCAAAUUGAAAAGCCCCCCCGUCCCCAUUCCCUCCAAACAUCUGCUCCAAGUUAAGCUUGAACUAUCAAAAUCGAGAUACCAGACACCAAACUUACGUUUGGAGAAAUAUACACUUCAAAUACUAUUGUGAAAAAGUUUGAUAAUAUAAAUAUUUUUAUUAAAUGUUUUCAGGUAAUAAUUUCUUAAAAAAUAUAUUGAUAUACUUAGCUUUGCUCAAAUUGUGAGAUUUUAUAAGGUUAACAGAAACACUGUAUGGAUGAGGAGGCUUUAGGACACAAGAAGAAAUGCUGUAGUAUUCAACAUGUAAAGUUAUUUCUACAGUACAUGUGAAUUUGUGUCAUAUAAACAUAUAUAUGUAUAUGAAUAUACAAAAUUGUCAUUUUUGUAUGUGUUUAAAAUACUAUUAAAUAUAAAGCUUAUAUAUGGUACUAUUGCGUCUAAUGGCAGUAUUGAUGUAAAUACUUGUGAAUGAAGACACAUGGAGAUAAUUUAUUCCUAUAGAUUGUGAAUGUACACUAAGCUUCAGCAGUGUGGGGACUUACUGGACUUGAAUGCUGCUUCAUUCGUUUUCUUUUCUUUUUGUGAGUGUGUGUAAAGAAGUCAUUUUUUUAUCAUGAGGAAGAAAAAUUGUUCAGUUUAGUUAGGGUGGAUUGAGUGACAACUUACCAUACUAUUUAUUUGCACAUGCAAGUUUAAACCUUCCAGUUUCAUUUCUGAAUUAACACACAAAUGUGUAAUUGAUAAAAGGGUAUAUAUAUAUAUUCUGUGUCUAGAAUGCAUUUUGCAGAUGCCAACUGUACAUAUUUAAGAUACAUUUUAUUAAGAAAACUUUUGAAAAAUGACAAAAAGUUAAAUACUGUGCAGCAGAUUACAGAGCCAUUUUCGGCUUUGGGGAAGUACAGAUUUUUUCAGUAUCUAAGGGGUGUUUUGAAUAAUGUAUGAAAGUCUUUAUUGUAAAAUUAAUAAAACGUCACUAUUGUUA